CGAACCCUAAAACCAAGGACAACCACCAUAAAUCAAACCCUAGCGCCGCCGCAAAGAACUACUCCGUAAUCUCUUCUCCUUCAACCUCCUCGUCUGGUCGCCGUCUUGAUCGCGGUCUCCGCCCACACCGCCGGAGUUUCCCACGAUGUCUGGCGGUACACAAUCUGAAGGCUCCCAACCGUCUGCUGCUCCUGUAAAGCCUGCCUCGACUUCGUGCCGAAAAAAGAACUCUGGCAGCACCUCGUUUGUCACGGAACUGAGAGAUCACUUUCACGAGUUCGUUCACGCCUCUAUGGACGACCACAGGACAUGUUUAACAAACACUGUCAAGAAAAUGUUUGCGAUGUCAAAGGCUGUAGCAGAGAGAAGCAAUGAAGCAAAAGAAGCUGGAGCUGAAAGCGUUUUGUCACUUAAGACUGAAGUGUCACAUUAGAAACGUGAUGCAAUGGUGUCCUCCGUAGCCAGAAAUGUUUUCACUGUCAAUAAGCAUAAUCCUUAGGUAGAAAACAUUGUAGUUACACUUUUGAUGAAUAUAUUAUGUACAGUUACAUCAUGCUGUUGUCCUUUUGACUUUGCAAAGCAAUGUAUACAAGAGUGGAAACACUUGCCUUCUGUAGA